CCUCGCGCCGCUCCACCUGUCGCCCUUCGCCGCGGGAAGGGUCCCUGGCAGAGGCUGGCCUGGGGCUCUCCCGCAGGCCCGCGCACCCGGGACGCGGCCGGGGCGCUUGGGUCGCCGAGCAGGCCAAGCCCUGUAACUUGCGGGAAAGUUGGCAGCUUCUUUAGCGAGCCCCUUUUCCCGGCGGCCGGGACCCCAGGGCUGGGCUUUCCCGUCUCCCCCCACUCCCGUCCCCCGCCCGCCCCACCCUUCCUUCCCCGCCCGCGCUCGGGCAGAGCCGCCCCGCAGCGGACUCCGGCUGGCGCAGAGGGGGCGCCAGGCUCGGAGCGAUGGGGGGCUCCCACUCGCAGACCCCACGGGCUCGGGAAGACGCCGGAGAGACCGCGAGCUGGAGCCGGAGGAGCCGCGCUCAUGGCGUUCAGCCCUUGGCAGAUCCUGUCCCCCGUGCAGUGGGCGAAGUGGACGUGGUCCGCGGUGCGCGGCGGGGACGCCGGGGAGGACGAGGCCGGUGGGCCCGAGGGCGACCCCGAGGAGGAGGACUCGCAAGCCGAGACCAAAUCCUUGAGUUUCAGCUCGGAUUCUGAAGGUAAUUUUGAGACCCCUGAAGCUGAAACCCCGAUCAGAUCACCUCUCAAGGAAUCCUGUGAUUCAUCACUAGGAUUAACAGGAUCUGGGGCCAAAACCCAAGAAUCACAAGAAGCUGAUGAAGUGGUUGAAAAGCGCUCAUCUGACACUUGUUCUAGACCUUCAGAAAAUGAGUUAUCUCAGCAGGCCGUUGAUUCUCACUUAGUCAAGGAUUUCAAAGAAGAACCUGAACACGAUGUUAGCAAAAUUUCAGUUGUAAGGCCAUUUUCAAUAGAAACCAAGAAUUCUACAGAUGUCCCGGCAGCUUUUGGAACAAAAGCAGCUCAUGGCUGUAUAACUGGAGUCUUAGGAGAGGGUUUGCCCCCCAGUGUAUCACACGCCCCACAGAACAAGGCAAUGACAGAAGGCAGUAUGGGAGUUAUGCUCGAGCCAUCGGCAGAAGCUGAUCUAAAGUCCUUAAACUCCUGCCCAGAGCCUGUGCCCUGGAGAAGCAAACUAAGAAAGCCCAAACCUGUCUCUCUGAGGAAGAAAAUGAUUGGAGGAGAGUUCUCAGACACUGAAACUGCUGUGGAGGGAGCAUCUCUUUCCAAGACAUCCUACCAGUUCAGCAUCAGAGAAUUGGACAAGAACACAAACCCUUCUUUUCUAGGAGAAAUCUCGGGCACUCUCAGUAGUGACACCAGUGAUUUGGGGGUUGAGCUGUCAGAGGAGGCAAGGAACUCAUCUCUCAAACUCGAGUUUCAUUUCAUAGAAGACAUGGAAAACACAGAGGCCCAGAAGGCUCUUCCAAGGAAACUUGGCAGGAAACUUGGUAACAAACUGACUCCCAGGAUACAAAAUGACAGCAUCAACAAGCCGGUGGGUGUAGCGCAGCCUGCAGAGCCACCGGGAGACGCGUCUCUCUCUCUACUAGACGCUAGUCAGUGGGACAAGCCCAGCUUCAGUCCCUUUGGGAGCCACUCCCUUCUGCAAAACUCCCCUCCCCUCUCCUCGAAGGGUUCUUACCACUUUGACCCAGAUAACUUUGAUGAAUCCAUGGAUCCCUUUAAACCAACUACAGCUUUAACAAGCAGUGACUUUUGUUCUACCACCAGUAAUCAUGUUAACGAAGUCUUAGAAUCACCCAAGAAGGCAAAGUCCCGUUUAAUAACGACUACUGAGCAAGUGAAAUUUCUCUGUUUUCUGUUGAGUGGCUGUAAGGUGAAGAAAUAUGAAACUCAGUCCCUUGCUUUGGAUACAUGUUCUCAGGAUGAAGAAGCAGUGAUCUCCCAGAUUUCAGACAUUUCUAAUAGGGAUGGCCACGCUACUGAUGAAGAGAAACUGGCGUCCACAUCAUGUGGUCAGAAACCAGCUGGGGCCGAGGUGAAAGGUGAGCCAGAGGAAGACCUGGAGUACUUUGAGUGUUCCAAUGUUCCUGUGUCUGCCAUAAAUCAUGCGUUUUCAUCCUCAGAAGCAGGCAUAGAGAAAGAAACAAGCCAGAAGAUGGAGGAAGAUGGAGCCACCGUGCCUGGACUGUUGGAAUCCUCUGCAGAGAAGGCCCCCGUGUCACUGUCCUGUGGUGGCGACAGCCCCCUGGAUGGGAUCUGCCUCAGCGAAUCCGAUAAAACAGCUGUGCUUGCCUUGAUCAGAGAGGAGAUCAUCACUAAAGAGAUUGAAGCAAAUGAAUGGAAGAAAAAAUAUGAAGAGACGCGACAAGAAGUCUUGGAGAUGAGGAAAAUUGUGGCUGAAUAUGAAAAAACUAUUGCUCAAAUGAUUGAAGAUGAACAAAGGACAAAUAUGACCUCUCAGAAGAGCUUCCAGCAGCUGACCAUGGAGAAGGAACAGGCUCUAGCCGACCUUAACUCUGUGGAAAGGUCCCUUUCCGAUCUCUUCAGGAGAUAUGAGAACCUGAAAGGUGUUCUGGAAGGGUUCAAGAAGAAUGAAGAAGCUUUGAAAAAAUGUGCUCAGGAUUACUUAGCCAGAGUCAAACAAGAGGAGCAGCGAUACCAGGCCCUGAAAAUCCAUGCUGAAGAGAAACUAGACAAAGCCAAUGAAGAGAUCGCUCAGGUUCGAACAAAAGCAAAGGCUGAGAGUGCAGCUCUCCAUGCUGGCCUCCGGAAAGAGCAGAUGAAGGUGGAGUCCCUGGAAAGGGCCCUUCAGCAGAAGAACCAAGAAAUCGAAGAACUGACAAAAAUCUGUGAUGAGCUGAUUGCCAAGCUGGGAAAGACUGACUGAGAUUCCCCUGUUAGCUCAACAGAUCUGCAUUCGGCUGCUUCUCUUGUGACCACAAUUAUCUUGCCUUAUCCAAUAAUAAUUGCCCCAUUGCAGAGAAAGAAAAAAAAAAAAAACAACUAAAAAAAGCACAUGCCUCCUGCUGCCUGUCCCGCUUUGCUGCCGAUGCGACAGCCCUGGGAGAGACCCAAGAGCUGCAGGUCCCACUGGGAGUGUGACCGGCUAGGCUGGCCUCUCCCACCCCCUCUCUGCAGCUUCAUUCAGUUAGACUGGCUGCCGAGUUUGGGUUUGUGGUUUCUCUACCUUCAGUUUGUUUGAAAGUCACCUUUACUUUUCCAAGUAUGUUAAAUUUAUGGUUCUAUGUGAUCAUCUACUAUUUGGGAUCAUCUCCUUUCGACCACCUGUGUGAUUAUUUUGUGACCCAUUUGUUUGAUCUUUUAAUUUUCAGUAUCAGUGGUCUUAUUUAAGGAGAUAAUUUGGUUUAUUAUUAGCUUCCCCCUUUAUAAACAAAAAGAAGCUCUGGGUACCCUUUUAUACACACUAUCACACUUAACUAUGUAUAUUUACAUUUGCCGUGGCUUUUUCCCUGAAGCAUAGUCAGGUAAGAACUUUUCUACAGUAGACAGUAUUUCCAACUUAAGAAUUUGGGGGAUUGAGGAUGUGAAGGCCGCAGCCUCAGGCUUUCACAACUAGGGAAGACUUUGCCAUGAGGUUUAUUGCUCUGGUGUUGGGACACACCUCAGUUUUCACAGGUGCAGCCCUUCCGUGGUUAGUCCUCAGACUGAGAGCAGUGGUGUCUCCCUUCUGCGUGAACAGCAAUACGGGACUCCCUCACAGCUGUGGUUUAAUGAAUCUACUCAAGAGUCACUUAGUCUCCUCUGCUUCCAUUUGUCGAUAUUUUAUCAACAUUUAAUCUUUAUUAUCUUCCUAUUUUAAAUAUACAAGGAAAAUCUAUUUGUAAAAGGUUUAGAUCAUCUUGAUUAAAAGGUAACUGUAGCCCCAUUACUAAUUGUAAGGUGAAGAAACAGUUGUUAUGUUAAUGAGUGUGAUGCAUUGUUCUUCAGAUGUUUUUAAAAGCAAAAAAAACCUUCCCAACUUAAGAUAGAAUUUUUAACAAAACAGGCAGUAAAAAAAUCAUGUGAACUACUCCAAAAAUCAGCUUAUUUUGAGUAUUUAAAACAAUUUGAAUACUGGGGAGGGGAGUGAAGGGAGGAGGCUUUUGCUGACAAAACCAAAUCCCUUAAGCUUUUACCGCACUCAGUUUAGGGUGGUGAGACAUUAACCCCAAAAUGAAAAUUUUCCAUGUAACCCUAGUGAAUUCCCUCCCAUUUGAUAGGCAAACCCAAUCCAUGCCGGUGUUCUGAAGCACUCUUUUGUCUUAAUCUUACACCCUGAAAGUCUUCGUGGUGAUAGAUACUAUAUUCAGUACAUGUGUGUUUUCCUACUUUCCUGUAACACUAUUGCAUGAUAAAACUUGAGCAAUGAAUUGUGCCUGGUGGAGAACAUCUAUAGAUUUUAACAAAUGAAUUUUUCGUUAGCAGCGUAUUAGUCACAUGGGUGUAAUCUUUAGCCCCAGGGAGGUCAAUGUCUUUUAAAGCCAGAAGUCACAUUUUACCAAUAUGCAUUUAUCAUAAUUGGUGCUUAGGCUGUAUUUUAAAACCUAUUGUCUUAACAUUUUGUACAAAAAAGAACAACAGAAAUUAUCUGUGGUUUGAAAAGUGGCUUGACAAUCAUUUGGGCUUUGAAUUUAGUCACUGUGGAUUAUUAUGAAUGCUGUACUAAUAGUUGUAGUGUCAACACAUGUCUCCUGCUGAUGUAGCUGAUUUCUGAGUCCUCUACUACUAGGGAGAUUAAUCUUGCAUUUUGCAGAAAGAAGCUUUGAUUGCUAAACCUUUUUGCUGCUGUGUUUUGAUGACAUAUCCAUGUUUACUUGUUUUAUGUUGAUCUGUUUUAAGUAUGAAAGGCAUAGAGUGGUCUCCACUAUAAAUUCUGAGUCAUCUUUUUAAGCUUACUUUGUAUAAAGAAAGUAGCUGUGUGUUAACACAUAGGUAACAGUCCUUCCCCAGCACACUGGUAGAAGAGACCACUUGAAAACUAGACCCUGCUGAAUGAAGCAGAAACACAAGGAAUCCCAAAAGGCCCCUGUUCACUUAUAUUUGCCACUGACCAUUGUAAGGAAAUGUCCAUUCUAAUUUAAUAAAUGGAUACUCUCCAGUAAGGAUAAAAAUUUAGCUUUUACAGCUAGAAAAUCAAGAGUAUGGGCAGAAUGAAAUGUGUUUAUUUUUCUUUAAAAAUUAAAAAAGCUUUUUAGAACUCUGGAGAAUAAGAAUACAGUAUAGAGAGUUUGCUUUAACGCAUGUGGUGGCCAAACAACUGGUUAAGCAGUGAUACCUCUUGUUACAAAAAUGAAAAAGGAACAGGAGGAGGCUGCUGGCCGAGGGAGUGUUUUGGGAAUACUAGGUGUUUUUUGUUUAUUUGUUUGUUCAUUUGUUUUGAGACUCUGGAUGCAGAGACAUCUCUUUAGCUUUUGACUUUGCCAAAGUAUAGAUAGCCUUUGUCUAACGGUACUGCAGCUGGAGAAUUUGACCAUUUGGUUGGCUAGACUGUCGGUUACAGUCAGAGCUCCUGAGAUUUAUUUUAUUUGGAGAAGCUCCUUGAAGCUGAUGACCUACCCAAACCUUUUGUUCUGUAAAAAACUGUUCUGGAAAUAUUGAGAAGCCUGGUUUUCUCAUGGGUGGUUUCUAGCUUCUUCAGGGUCAGCCCAAUUUAGAAGUGCGGAAGCACAUGGUGGUGAAAACUGAGGUCUGGCAGCCUUCCAUAUGGUCUGGAAUCUAAGGAAAAUUUGUUUCAUUUUGGAGGAAAGCUCACAUUGAAUUCUCUUUCUGGCCAGUUACCCUUUCUACCUAUCCCAUACUAUGUAUAACUCUACACAAAUAGUUAGGUAUUUAUUAGACAGCUUGAAUUAGUUCAAAUUACAAAUAGGGAGAAUAACAGCCCCACAUGUGCUGGGCUCACUAAAGCAGCUGCACUGAAACGCUCUCAGUAAAGGUAACAAAGGGCUCAUUGGAGGAUUCAAAGCUCAAAAACGAGGGUUUUAAGAGCCAGCGUUGGUAACUCUUGUGUACGCUGAAUUGGAAGUGAUUCAACACAUCCAUUUUUAGGGGAGUAGAAUUUCUAAAGCCCCUUUUUCAUUCCUGCUGUUUUUUUAUUGUGAUUGGCAGCCAUCCAUGACUCUUGUCUCUGGGUAGUCAUGGGAUUGUGUGGGCCUGCCCUCAGCCCGCGUUUCUGAUUUUAUCCUCUUGGGAAGAGAGAGAUGAGGUGUUGAACAAUAAAUGUUUCACAAAGGGAUUUAAAGUAAAGAUGUAUAUAUUCUAAAGAAUUUAAAAGGUAACAGAUUAUUAUUAAAGAACAAAUAUAGUCUGGGAAUCCCAGAAUGUCACGCCAAAGGUCUAAGAAGUCGUCUUCUCAGAUAUUUUGAUAAAGUAUUUUGAGGAGACAUCUAUCCAAAAAGGUUUGACUGGCCUCAGAUUCCAGUCACUUUUAAAAAGCAAUUUGCCACUAAAUCCUUGAGUCUCCCAUAGAGUAAAGGCAAAGAAAUUGACUCUUCUCUCUAAGGAUCUCCUCCGGAAGAUAAUAUGAUGGCUCAUUCUCCAGUGAAGACCUACUUCCUAGUGCAGAGCUUGCAUUCUGGAGACUAAAGAUUGCACUUUCCGUAGUUUUUCAUCCAAAUGCAGUCCCAUUUCUGUGCCUCUUAGCAUGUAGUUAGAUGUGGACAAACAAGAUUCCUAAGGAAUGACUUUAUUAACUAUAAUAUGGUUGCAACUAUUAUAUAAAUACAUAUUCUGGUUAUAGUUCUAAUAUGGAGAUAAUGCGUGCAAUGCUGGCCUGUGGCAAUCUGUGUAAUGCUUUAACACGUGUGGAGGAAUCGGGCUCAGCGCUGAGGUGUGGCCUGAACCUUCCCUGUAUCAGUCCUUCACUUUAGAACCGUCAAGAUGCCUCAUUCUCCCCUCUGCUUUUCACUGGCAUCUGAGAUGUUCUCCAAAAGAGCAUUUCCUAAUCACAUCAUUAUCUGAUACUCUGUGUUUAUGAAGAAUUUUCAAACGGAUAUGUAAAAAAUUUUGGCGGCACCUGUAGCUCAAAGGAGUAGGGCACUGGCCCCAUAUGCCGGAGGUGGUAGGUUCAAACCCAGCCCCGGCCAAAAACUGCAAAAAAAAAAAAAAAAAUUUGAACCCAGUUCAGAUACAGGGCAGUGUGUAAGUUACCACACCUCAGCCUUUGCCCCAGCCCUUCUCAGGCGUCAGGAUAGGAUCCAGGCAUUUCUUUAUAUCUUAGAGGUAGCAGUGAACUUUUCAGUGUUACUGUUAGCAAGUGUGUUUGCCAGUAGUACCCAUUAUGCUAAUGUGCCAGUAAGUCACUGUCCGUUGCACAUCUGCUCCCACUGUGGCCCCGCAGGAGCACGUGAAGAGCCUCUGUUGCGAGACGGGCGCUGUGCUGACUACUGCUGUCAGGAGUGUCAUGUGGAGUAAUCAUCUACAUAAAUUUUAUAUGCACAGUAAUUUCCCUUUUUAUAUGUCAAGUAAAUAUUUGUAAAAGUUAUACUCACAAAUUAUUAUGAUUACUAAUAUAUUUUUUCCAUGUUUCAUUGCUUGAAUAAAAACUGUUUACCACUGUUAGA